CCAAAUAAAAAAAAAGAAGAUAUUUCAAAAUCUCCAUUUAUCAUAUCUAAUGGUUAAUCCCGAAAGUUAUGGAGUAAAUUUAAAACCCCAUUAAUUUUCCAUAUUUAAUUCUCCUUUUCCAUAUUGUUUUAGGAAAAUAAUAUUUUCUAUAUUCCAUAACUCACCGACCCUCUCAACAUUAUAAAUAAGAGACUGAUUCCCUCACCAAGUCUCAUCCUCAAGUCCAUUCUACAAAACAAAACCCUAGAACUCUUCGCCGCUUUUAACCUAACUAAUCAAAACAAACAAUGUCUGAGUCAAACAAGAAAUUUACAUUGAUAAGCUCCGAUGAGGAGCCUUUCGAGGUGAGUGAAGCGGUUGCGCGUGAGUUCGAGAUCGUAGCGCACAUGCUCGAAGACGGCUGCUCUGGUAGCAGUAUCCCGAUCAAAACCGUCAACAGUAAUAUCCUCGGCAAAGUGAUCGAGUAUUGCAAGAAACACGUUGAAGUUGGUAACAUCGAAGGAAACUCGGAGGAGGCUAAGAAGGAACUCGAAGAGUUCGACAAAAAUUUUAUUGCUGUGGAGAUGGAGACGCUCUUUUCACUCAUCCUCGCAGCUAACUAUCUCAACGUCAAAGGCCUUCUCGACAUUGGUUGCCAGAAGGUUGCAGAUACCAUCAAAGACAUGGAACCAGAGGAGGUUCGCUCUAUUUUUAAAAUCCAGAAUGAUUACACUCCUGCAGAAGAGGAAGAAGUUCGCAAGGAGAACAUUUGGGCUUUUGAGCGCUAAUUUUUUUUCUAGUUUUCUGAAUUUUGGUGUUAUUUGUUUUUGUUUUUUUGAGACUUGGUUUGUCUCUUUUCUUUAAAAUUC